AUGAAGUUGGGUGGCUUAAACAUGUUCCUCCUCAAUGAUCCUGCUGUGAUUCGCGAUUUGCUGGAGAAAAGAAGCAAUAAUUAUUCAUGUCGCCCAGACCUAUAUGCUCGACAGUUUGGGGAUAAUCUCAAUAUAGCGCUGAGAGAGUAUGUCAUCGAAUCCAACUUUAAUGACGAGAUAUGGCGUCGCCAGAGGAAGAUGUACCACGUCCGCUUAAACGUGAAGUCCGCCGAUAGAUACCUUCCUUAUCAGCAUUGCGAUAGUCUGCAGCUUCUAGAUGAUAUUGUCGACCGCCCAGAUGCUUGGCUAGAACAUAUCCAGAGAUACACUGCCAGUAUCUCAACCACUUUGCUAUACGGGUGGAGAACACCUCACACCAACACAGGUUACGUCAAAGACCUUCUUGAAUGGAUGGAUGUCACCUCCGAAGCUCUGAACUUCCAGCUUGUUGACUUUUAUCCUUCGCUGCGCAUUCUCUAUAAACUCCUCCCUGGCUGGGUGCUUCCAAAUAAAAGAAAACUCCAAAACCUUCAGAAACUGGAAAACCGAGUAUUUUACGAUCUAUUGGGAAAAGCAAAGGAGAAGUUGGAAGCUGGACAGGCUCAUCCCAGCUUUAUCCGCGAUAUGCUGACGGACCAAGACCAAGACCGGCUAGAUGACCGCCAAAUUGCGAACAAUGCGGCACAUGGCUUCGGGGCCGCAAUGGACACUUCGGCGAAUACCCUUGUGGGAUUUAUAAAGGCCAUGGUCAUGUUUCCUGAUGUUCAAGCAAAAGGGCAAGAAGAAAUCGACGCCGUCAUCGGAAGCGAUCGGUUACCGCAAUGGGACGAUCGCGACCGCCUCCCCUACAUUCGUGGAAUAGUGGAAGAGACUUUCAGAUGGGCUCCGAGUCCUCUUAGUGCGGCGGUCCCACACGCAGCUAAAGAAGACGACGUGUAUAAUGGUAUGGUUAUCCCGAAGGGAUCAAUGAUGAUGAUAAACGUUUGGACUCUGAAUCAUGAUCGUUUCCCCAAUGCUCGCGAUUUUGAUCCCACGAGGUAUACACCUGAAUCAACUUUGGUGGAAAAUAACUCCAUCAGCCAAGAUUCUCCGCGUCGAAUGCAUUUCACGUUUGGGGCUGGGAGGCGAGUUUGCCCGGGAUUCCAUGUGGCCGAAAGGAACAUAUUUAUAGCGGUAUCUCGCUUGCUCUGGGGCUUUAAUUUCCACCGAGCCCUGGACGCAAGUGGCAAAAUAAUUCCGAUUAAUCGAGACGCGGUAACUCCUGGCCUUAUUGUGCGACCGGAAGAUUUUGAGUGUGCGAUCAAGGUUCGUAGCAAGAGCCGUGAAGAGUUUAUUCGAAAGAGCUGGAGUGACGCCCAAGAGAAUCUUGACAGCGAAGGAAACUUCACGUCGGAGUUUAUCAAAGCCUCAUUCACAUAA